UUUUGGCAUUGUCAGACAUGUUGCUGGAGAUGGAGGACAGCCAACGGUCCAGCAAUUCCUAUUUAUAUAUAGGAUGCUUUCUGUGAAGAAUCUCGUGCAGCCGCCCAAGCGAUCCUCAGUAGCUGGAGAUGCUCCGCAACUGCUCCUCAAGCUGCAAGAUGUGUUCAACAAAGAAAAGCCUACUGCCUGUCAUGCUGACUCUUUGGCUAUUCUUCUGGAUGAAGUCCUCUUGGAACCUGCAGAAACCGCGGAGGAGGCUUCAGUUCUGCGCCAUCAGCAGUCUCCAAAAGAAUACAUAAUGGAUUAUCUUGCUGGCUAUGUCGCAAAGAAGUUUUCUUCAUUGAGCUGCUCGAGCUGUGUUGGAACAAUGAGAAGUUUGGAACGAGCGGCAACUGGCCUGAUUCUUGCCAAAUCCAGAGGUAGUCUACAAGUGCCCUCCAGCCAGCUAGUCGCUCUCCUCCAAAUUGUGGAAGAUCAUUUGGAAGUGUACACAGUUGACAAAACUGCCUGUUCUGAUGUGAACAUGAAUAUUGUGGAGAAUGUUUUGAUGGACAGUCGUACUGCUACAGCUGCUGUUGGCUGCAAAUCGCACUUCGUAAGCACAACUGCAGAAGUAGUUCAGUUUUUUUUUCUUAAGACCCGCUUGCAUUUUUUCACAAGAGAAAAAAACAAGCAGAUGCAAGCAAAGGGACGAGCUUCAUGUCCAGCAGGGGGUGGUAGGAAACCAACCAGUUGAAGGGGUACCAGUGAAGGGGGCGCAGUAGGAAUCACGAUUAUCGUGUAAAGGCGACCACUUACAAAAAAUUGCAAUGCUGAUGAAGGAGAACAAGGGUGUUGCAAGGUCUGAUGAGGGCAUUGAUGAUAAAACACAUUUGUUUCAUGCUUUGUUGCAACCUCAAUUUGUGUUAUGCUAGUGUAGCGUAGUUCACAUCACAACAAUAGCGCCUUCACCGCGACAAUCUAUGAAAUGUAUAACACUAGAAUUCCUUUAAAUGCAAGUGUUAACAACAGAAUAAUAUGCAUUGUUUUAUUUUCCAUUGUCCUUUAGGCUAUUGAUGGGCUACAAUUCUUCAAUUGCAUGUACUUUUAAGUAUAUCAUCAUCAUCAGCCUAUAUUUAUGUCCAGUGCAGGACGAAGGCCUCUCCCUGCGAUCUCCAAUUACCCCUGUCUUGCGCUAGCGUAUUCCAACUUGCGCCUGCGAAUUUUCUAACUUCAUCACCCCAUCUGGUUUUCUGCCGUCCUCGACUGCGCUUCCCUUCUCUUGGUAUCCAUUCUGUAACCCUAAUGGUCCACCGGUUAUCCAUCCUACGCAUUACAUGGCCUGCCCAGCUCCAUUUCUUUCGCUUAAUGUCAACUAGAAUAUCGUCUAUAUCCGGUUGAUCACUAUUUCGAACGAAAGUACCUUGACUGUUUUGGGAACUGUACAGGUCAGUAUAAAUUCUUCCGCUGCUUUUACUAUGUCAUCUAAAUUGCUGAUGAUAUUACCAUUCUUAUCUUUC